UCGUGGAGUGAGGGGGAAUUGACAUUCAUAGAAAGCUUGCCAAUAGGGUUCCGCAAAGCCGAACGGGUCGCAGUACGUGCCUCGUGGGAAGGGACGGUGUCAUUGUAUUUGAUCGCCUGUGCGUCGCACGGAGUACUUGGAAGCAGCGCGUAGGGCUGGAUGCGUCUGUGCUCGAGGCUAUCCAUGUCUUUUGUGCCACCGGUUGAGCUGUCUUUGCGCGAUUUUUAAUCAUGUGUUUGAAAAAUGCCAAGUUGUUUUGCGAAUGUUUCACGGUUCAGGACUCUUUGCCUUACUGCUGAUGGUGCUGGAGUGGACCCGUCCAGGCCUGUCCUCCCCAUUACGCCCCAUCUGUGACCUGCGCGUCCUCGACCAUUUCAUUAAGGAGGCUUGGGAUGCAGAGGCUGCUAUGAGAGCGUGUAAGGAUGCUUGCAGCAUUGCAACAAACUUCACUGCUCCUCUGACAAGAGUUGAUUUUGAUGUCUGGGAAGCAAUGAAUAUAGAGGAGCAAGCUCAGGAGGUCCAGUCAGGCUUACAUGUGCUGAACGAGACCAUCAGCUCAUUACAGGCAUCUAAUCAGACUGACGUGCUGCAGUCCCACAUAGAUGCCAGUAUUAGCAACAUUGCCAGCAUCAGACAAGUGCUGCGAAGUCUCAGCAUACCAGAAUAUGUACCUCCUGCCAGUGGUGGAGAAGACAAGGAGAUGCAGAACGUAUCCUCAAUCUCAGAGCUGUUUCAGGUCCACAUCAACUUCCUGCGGGGAAAAGUGCGUCUUCUGCUUGCCAAUGCACCUGUCUGCCAUCAAGGUGUCAGCUGAUAGACAAUUUUGAGCAAGGGCCAAACUAAUUGGAGCUCCUCAUAUCAGGAGGCAGGAUAAUGGGCUAUUACAAAGGAUAUGUUGCCGGGGUUUGAAUGACUGGGAGUUGUAGCACUUUGAAAGAUUUACUCACAAAGGGAAAAGAAGACAUCCCCCAGAAUGCCAAGUGCCCCCUUUGGCUGUCUUCUCUCUCUGUGUUGAGCCUUUGCAGUCCCACCUGCGUUACCUGGCAAAAAUCAACCAGACGCAAUAAUGAAACUUCAAGAAAUCACUCCUCUUUCCCCAUAUGACUGUUGGCACUUGCCCAGCUCAACUGGGAAGCUUUAUCUGGGACUUUUUAAGUGUUUUGUAUUACAUUAUUUAUAUAGAUGAUAUUUCUUAGAGCUGGAAUCACUUGCUUUUGCAGGUUCUUUUCUGAAGCUAUUCAAGUGAAGACCUCUCUUCCUCCAUUUACUGUGGCCUCAAGCACCUCCAAACAUUGAACUGUUGAUAGAGAAGUCUACUUAUCAAUAUUAAAUAUGCACUGUAGGUUUUAUAUUCAUUUCAGUGUUACGUUUAUGUGUGUGUGUGUGUGUGUGUGUGUGUGUGUGUACGUGUGUGACUUUAGUGAAUGCUGCAGGGAAUGUUUCAAGCGUCGGGGAGGAAGGUUGUAAUGCUGAAUUCUUACGGGUCAGUUGGGGUGAACAGGAUGAGGGACGAGAUUGCUGCUUGUGUCGGGGGAAUUGGAAGCUUUUGUGAGAGCUGAUGAGGCUCUGUGUUAGCUCAUGUCUGAAUUACGCGGUCUUGUGCAGAUAACGUCGCUGCCAGGAAAAAUAUUGAUUAGUGUGUGUAUGACAAACAUCCUGGCCUGCUUCCACUUCACGCACGACACUGCAUAUUUGCCUUUGGGAAAUGAUCGUAAGGUUGACAUUUUGUUUCUCUUUUUCUGGAUAACUUGUUUCUGUUUUUCGUAAAUAGCCUGUUUUUUUUACAUCUGUCAAUCAGUCUCUGUCUAGAUGCAACAAAGUAUG